AUCGCAAGUAUCAAACAAAAGCUGAAAGAAAAGCUAAAGAAAGGCAAGAAGAAACUUGAAGCUGCUUUGGAGACAGCGGCGCACAAGGCGAAAGAGGCAGAAGUGCGACAGAAAUCUCGGUGGCCUGAAGUGCUUGCAACUCCCCAAGGAAAGAGCUUCUACAAGCAGCCGGCAAUGUCACAGCCUCAACCUCACCAGCUUCAGAACAAAUUCCAUGCAGAAGAACGUUCGGAGACCCCGACGAUUUAUGAAGACGGUUGCAAAACUUCGAAGGGCUAUCAAGUUCGAGAUCGGGAUGCUACUACUGAUUUGUACAAUGGGGACCCGCAUAGCUUUAACGAGGCCGUGGAGCCAAGAGAGUUGAAAACGCGCAAUCUGCCCAAUAAGGCGCGACUUGUCCCUCCUGGGCGACAGUCGGGAUGCAUAGACAACGGGCCUCAUGGGUGGAAAGGAUGGUAUCCAACGAACAAGGGCCUUUCAGCACCCGACUGUCCCAUUUGCGAGGAAUUUGAUUCGAAAUUUUUCUGUACGAAGUGCAACGCCACGACUUGCAUGAUGUACAGGCUCGUUUAA